AUGCCAGAGUCUCGUUCGUUAUCGGAAUUAACCAGACAAAUCGCUCCACCAACUAAGAACGGCCAUGCACCACCACCCACGGAAUCGAGAAAGAGCUCUCAAUCUGUCAAUCCUGUCCGUGUCCGGGCCGGGAUCAACCAGGUAGCCGCCACCCACGGCGGCGCCGCGGCGCUCCGCGCCAGCGCCCGGACGCCCGGCCCGCCGGCCCGCCGCCCUGCCAACCCUGACCGCCCCCGGCUCUUUCGCCGCUCCGACCCGCGGGAGCGGCAUCGCCGACGCCACGGGGGCGGCAUGGCAGCGACGGCCACCGGCGGCGGCGGCCGGCCGCAUCGCGACCCGGCGGCGCCUGGGGCGGGGAACGCCGCCGCCCGCGGGGCUCCCCCCCGCCCGCCGCGCGGCGGGGAGGCGAGGGACGCCCUCGGCGACGGCCGACCCCGGCGGCCGGCCCUUCCCGCGACGCCGCGGGCAAGGAGCCGGGACCGCUGCGCAGCUUCGGAUUUGGACGGCACGAGCCUUUCGGGGGGUCUCUCGCGGCUCAGCUCCAGCCGCACCGCCACCCGGCGCGCUGCUCGCGGCCGGCACCCACGGGGCGCUAGCCGGGACCGGGGCCAGCACCAGCACCUCGCCUGCAUUGAAGGACACCUGUGCAAGCUCGCGGGGCCACGCGGCCGUCACACAGCCCGGGACGGUCAAGCCGCCCUCCCCGGCAGCGGGAGGGGCGGCACCUCGCCUGCGACGGGAAGCGAAUUGGAAAGGAGACCGCCCUGCCCGAGCACCGGACCCCGCCGUGGCCUUCCCCAUGACAGAGAAGACCCGGAAGAGCCCGGCCGGCCGGGGGCCCUCGCCGACGCCACCCGAAAAGCCUCAUCGAUCGGACACACGGGACGCGGCUGCUGCUGCUGCUGCUGCUGCUGCUGCGGAAAGGAGGGGGGCAAAGCAGCCGCCGACACGCUGGCAACAAGGGCCCCACGGCCACGCUGCUCCUCCUGGGACAGCCGCUCGCGGAUCGAGCACGGCAGAGGAGCGCGGGGGGUGCCGCCACCCGCCCGCCCGCCGACAAGGCUUCCCUCUUUAGCCAGGCGACGGCGGGACGGGACCGCCGGGCUGGGGGUGAGCUUCACCCUUUCGCCCGGGGAACCCAUCCCAGCGUGCGAGAAGAAAGGUGCCACCGACCGCGCCACGGGCCACCGGCUUUCCCCCGGCCUCGCAGGCAGCAGCCGGCUCUCCCUCCGGAAAAAGACGGGGGACGGCACCACAAAAAGAUCUCGGCUCUCUCCUGUGCACACCUUGGCUUUCCUGGGCCCGCGCGCCUUCCCGGCGCGCCUCUCGGUGCCGCGGCUUAGGGCCGCCAGAGAAAAAGCGCAACGCAGGCCGGGCGGGCGGCCCCCACACCGCCCGCACGCCGGCGCGCGCCUGAAGAAAAAAACGGACCCGGCUGGAAACCCAGCCCACCGGGCAGAAGCGACUCGAUCCGCACACGACCGAGGAAGAGCGAGGCGACGCCGCCUCGCCCACCACACGCUCCGGGGGCUCUCUGGCGGCUUCCGGCCGAGGAAGGGGGACGACUUCCACAACACACGCUGCUGGCCCGGGGUGCCGCCACCCCGGCUCCACAGCACAUCGGGGGACCGCCCUCACCGAGCCCCUCAAGCCACGCGGCAACGCCGAAGCCAAGGCCGCGCGCCCCCCCGCCGCCCUUCCGACACGGACACGCUGGCAACAAACAGGUCGGGAGCGGGAGAACGGGACGCCGCCACCUCGGCGGGCGCUGCUCGGGGCUCUCGGCACCUCACUCGGCUCUCUCGGAGCCUCUCUGCUUCCCUGGGUCGGGACGGGGACCGGGACGACGCCACGCGACUCGUCCCGCGUCAGCGGCACUCGCUUUGCCCUGAGGAUGACCGCGCGCGCGGGCCCUCCUUCGCCGCUUCGGACACAGGCAUGCUGGAGGCCUGUGGGGAUGCGGCCCGUCACCUCGCUCCCAUAGCUUUCCCCGCCUCCGCCCAACCGCCACGGCUGGGGGCGCCCCGCCCUCCCCCCCGUCGGACUCCCCGCCGCCGCCUGCAGACUUUUCCCGCCCCGGCCCAGUCUCUCCUCAGCCAGUUGGCACAGCGGCAGCGGCGGGAGGGCCGGCAGCGGGCCGACACCCAGGCAGCCGGGGCCUUCGGCCGGUCUCGCCGAGCCUUCUGCUCGGACGGCCUUCCUUCCUUGCUGCUCAGGCCCGGCCCCGGCCCGGCCUGCGGCGGGACGGCAGCGGCGGCAGGGGCUGAAGGGAGGGAGGCAGAAAUCCGGGCGGGAGCCGGGCCGCCGCGCCUUCGGCCGGCCGGGAGUCCUAAAGGCUCCCUCCUUCCCUCUCGGGGUGGCUGGGCGCGGGGGGAUGCGGGCAGGACGUCGGCGGGGGCGUGCGCCCGGCGGCAGCGGAAGCGGGCCGCCUUCGCCUCCCGGCUCUCGGGGGGAAAGAGGGUGCGCCGCGGGCCGCGCGCGGCCCCCGGAGCGGGUGGCGAGUGGCGGGCGUACGGGGGCCUGCCGGAUGCGCGGCCCGCCCGCCUUACGCCGGCUUGCGGGCCAGGACGAGGACGCGGGGUGGGGGGGGGGGGGUGGGGGGGGGGGGGGGGCGGCGCGCCUCGGAUGGAGGACAACGAGUCUACCCCGGUCCUCGGGGGGCCGGAGCCCAAGUCGGGCCAGGACAACAGGUCUACCCACGGCCGCCGGCAGGCGGGAGCCCUGGUCGGGGCCGGGGAAACAGGUCUUCCCCGGGCCGCCGGGCGCCAGCAAGCCGAGGCCGGCCCGGGACAACAGGUCUACCCCGAGCCCCUCGGCGGCGGGAGCCCAAGGCCGGCCCGGGACAACAGGUCUACCCCCGCGCCCGGAGACGGCAGCAGCGGCAGCGGACGGACGGGCUUGCUCCCGCCGCGCCCGCCGCCGCCGCCGCCGCCUGCGCGGCCAAGCCCCCGCCCCGCGUAUCGGGCCUGGGACCCGCGCGGAGGGAAGUCGAGGCCGCGCGCGGCCCGGCGGGGCCUCUCUCUCUCUCUCUGGGCUGGCAAGCGCGCGCGCCCCCCCCCCACCGACGGAGGAGCGCGCCGCCGGCGGCACGCGGCCCCUUCGCUCGCUUGCCCGGGCUCCCGGACUCCGCGUCUCGGGCCUGGGACCCGCGCGGAGGAGAGCGCCGAGGCGGACCGCGCUGGCGCGGGCACGGGCGCCCGCGCCGCCGGGGCCCCCUGUCGGCCCCGGCCCGCCGAGAGAGAGGCCUCGGAGGAGGAGGAGGAGGAGGAGGAGGCGGGCCGGCGCCCGCGCUCCUGCCGGCCAGCGACAAAAGCUUGUGUCGAGGGCUGA